GGAAGUCGAUCGCCAUGGCUAGCAAGGCAGAGAAGGAGGCGUUUUACCAUGGCCAUGACGGCGGCACAUCAUUGGAAAUCUUUCUCAUCACGUCCAUCGCUCCGAUCUCUGUCUUCGCUCAGCAGUGCAUUGAGCUCGGCCUUCUGGGUUCGCAGCAUUCUCCAGUAUCUUUCUUCCGUGUGAUCAUGGUGGAGAUGAACGACCUGCAGGCGCUCUACUUCUUGCUCAACGUCAUCGUCAUCGUUCUUCCCCUCUACACCUCCUUCGUACUCCCUCAACAUGCGAUCACCCUGCAACUCAUCCUCCUCUCCAUUCCUUGCCUCCUUGUCGUGCUCGGAAGGCUUUCUAUCCGAAACGCCUCGGAGUCUGUCAAGGAUCUCCAAGUUUCACUUCGGGAGCCCCGUAAGGCCUACGUGACCAGCUACAGAGGAACCAUGAUGCUUGCUACCUGCAUCGCCAUCCUUGCUGUUGACUUCCCGAGCUUUCCGAGGAGGUUUGCCAAGACAGAGACGUUCGGCGUGUCUCUCAUGGACGCGGGUGUGGGUUCAGUUCUUCUUACGCAGGCGAUGGUCUCUCCUCUCGCAAGGAAACCCACCAUGAGCGCCGUUAAGCGUCUGCGAGCUGCUCUCCUCUCAGCUUCUCCUCUCCUGGGCAUCGGCUGUGUGCGAUUGCUGGCGUGCCGAGCUUCAGACUACCAUGAGCAUGUCAGCGAGUACGGAGUUCACUGGAACUUUUUCUUCACUCUCGCCUUCAUCUCGAUCUUUGGGAGUCUCGUGCCCGUGGAUGAGACGCUCUCGGCCAUCUCUGUACUGGCGAUCAGCUCGGGGUACGAACUCCUCCUUCACAGGAGCGGACUGCAGAGUUACAUCCUCGAAGCUCCUCGCACGAGCAUCUUCAGCGCGAACAGGGAAGGGAUCAUGGGAUGCGUGGGCUACACGUCGCUCUUCCUCGCGGGGGUGGCCAUGGGGAAGCGAAUCUUCGCGGAGCAGAGGAAGGAGCAGAGUUGGCAGGGCCUGUGGGCGAGUCUCUCUGCUGGCUCGAUGGCCUUCGCUAUGCUCGUUGAGGUCCUUGAGGGCCUGAUGCUGUGUCAGUUUCUGACCGUCGAGAUACUGGUCCACUUUCUGCAGGGACCGAAGGACGGAACCAUCCUCAAGCAGAGGAGGAUGGAGAAGAUUUCUUGCCAGCUGCUCUGCGAUGCUCUGAACAGAAACCUGCUCGCCAUCUUCUUGCUGUCAAACUUGCUGACAGGCAGGAUCCUCUUGCUUCAGGGGCUGUAA